UUUUUGCUCGUAAACUUGUAAAGUUUUCCUACAUUUCUACAAGGAUUACGUGUUUUUAAGAACUUUUUUUCUCAAUAAUACAAGGCUCUAGGUUGUGUGCGUCUUGUUACGAUGUUAUAUUUAAUAAUUUUCGUGUAAACAAGUGCAUUACUCGGUAACCAUGUAAAGUAAACGAAGGCCAUUAUUUUCUGUAAAACAAUGGGUUUUCUAUACAUUGUUUAGUAUAAACAAAGUGUUAGGUGGAACGUUUCUGUGGAAGGAGAGAAAUAAAGCUACCAAGAUGGCGGAAGGUAACUGGUCCCGGUUCACCGCGGCGGAGGGCGGGGCUCGGCUGGCGGCCGCGGCCCGCACCCGAAACACCAUAGCGGCCGAGCUGGCGGCGUUCACGGCCACGCGGCUGCUGCAUGAGGAGGCGCACGAGAUCAGGGGCCAAUUCUCAUCCGGGAAGCAGCGCUCCGUGUUCGUGACCCGCGCCUCGCGGGUCCCGUGUGCGGCGUACGAGCUCCGCAUAUUGACUGACCUGGCAGUGGCCAGCGCGAGUGUUUAUGGAGAUAUUGAAGAUUGGAGACAGGAGGUCGAGGUUAACGAGGUGAUAGUGUGCACUUCUGCCGUGUUUCGUCAACUACUUGAAGACGGCGUCAUCACCAUGACCAGGGUAAACGUGCUAGUCGUUGACAGCUGUCAUCUAGUGCACACCGACGCGGACUUGCAAACAAUAAUGGACCUGUACAAGUCAAGUCCGUCUCAGCCGCGGGUCCUCGGGCUGACGUACCCCCUCUUCCCCGCCAAGAGAUCGGACCCUGUUGCUGAGAACACGCCUGAUGAAAAGGAGGAAUCAUGUGCCAAACAAGUCACCGAAGGCAGCCUACAAGAGUUCGGUGUUUGUGACAACGUGGACGACUUCGAGAUGUACUGCAAGUUGGAGUGGAACAUCAGGAGGCUGGAGGAGAGGCUCUGUAGCCAGAUGGAUCUGGCUGAGGACAUGGACGGUGGAAAAAGGUACGUUUUCGUUUUUGUUAACAUGAUUCGCAGGUGUAUGGUUUGUGGCGAAGAUGUAGAGAUGUACAGCAAGCUCGAGUGGAACAUCGGGAGGCUGGAGGAGAGGCUGUGCAGCCAGAUGGAUCUGGCUGAGGAUGUGGACGGCGGGAAAAGGUUCACUGGCGCCCCCUGUAAGCCCAAAGAGCUGAUAGUGGAAUACGCCGUAAGCCGGCCCGUCUGCGCCGACUAUGAGGAGUUGGAGACAUUCAUGAGAAACGCCUUGGACAAUGUGACAGAGUUCUUAGAGGAGCACAGGUACGAUCCCACGGAAAUCUAUGGCGAGGAUUUAUAUGAGGAGUUUAUGAAUAUCCCGAACCCGACAAUUGACCCUAAGCUGAUAUUCAAGCAGUUUCACUACGUUUUGGACGAGCUGGGUCCAUACGGCGCCGACAAAGCGGCAUUUUCCCUGCUAACUAAAUUAGAAAAACUCAAAAUCAAAGUUCCAUACGAAAGGCAUUUCCUGCUACUCUGUCUAUGUACUACAGUAUUAGUUAAAAUCCGGUGCUACGCUGAUCUAAUGUUCUCUAAAUACUCUGAAUUAGAAAGAAUUACUACUUUUUCCACACCAAAAGUACUCAGAUUUAUUGAAAUAUUAGCUCAAUUUGAAAAUAAUGACGGUGAAAAUGAUAAAACUGAUGAAAAAGCCAUAACUGAUAAAAAUAAUGAUGACAAUCAAAGUGAAAACACAGAUAAUGUGACUAAAGAUGAUAUUAAUGAUAAAAUUACUUUAAAUGGCUACACCACUAUAAAUAGUAAUGAAGACGAAGAAAAGCGGAAUGAUAAUAAAAAAAAUACUAAUGAAAUUGACGUAGAAAAAGAGAAUGAUAGUAAAAAAUUAACGAAAAAAAUGUUAGACGAUAUAGAAGAAUGCGAUUUUGUAGCACUAAGCAAUAAAAUAGAGGAUAAAGUUAACACUUACGAGGCUAACUUAAAAGAAAUACACGAUUUAAGUAUAGAUUUGAAUAAACUUGAUGUAAACAAAGAAUCUAACACAAAAACUGAUACAAUUGAAGUUAAAACUGGAAUGGAUCUUACGGACCCCCGGUCGCUCCUGUUCCCUAGGCGGAUACACAGGAUCCGGGGUCGGGGCAGGGUCCAGAGGAACGUGGUACGGAACCAGCAGGCUCAGAUGAACCCUGAUGCGUUGUGUGGGAUCGUGUUCAUGAAUGAACCUAUUAUGGCGAAGAUUAUGUUCCUCGUUGUUGUGGAUUUGUCCCGGUUCGAACCCCGUCUGUCCGGUGUGAACGCGCAGUAUGUAGCGUGCGGUGGCGCCGCGGAUACCGCGGAGCUGAGGAGACAUGCACGUGCACGCGAGGACGCGCUGAAAAAGUUUCGUAUGCACGACUGUAACCUGCUGCUGGCGACGUCAGCUCUAGAGGAGGGCAUUGACCUGCCGCGGUGCAAUCUCGUGCUACGGUGGGACGUGCCGGCCUCGUAUCGUUCCCACGGGCUGUGCCGCGGCCGCGCGCGCGCGCCGCGCGCCUCGUGCGCGCUGCUGGCGCGCGCCGGGCUCGCGCAGGAUCUGCUCCGACACGUCGCAGUCUACCGGGAGCUGGACCAGAUCAUAAGCCGCAAAUGCGGCUGCGGUAUCCAGGACGAGCCGCCACAGCAAGAAGAAGAUCACGCAGAUGCCUUCACUGCGCUCGUGAUUCCCUACUCUCCCUCAGCCAACCUAGAAAAAGAUACAGAAGUUGAUGUUGAUAAGGAAAACGAUUCAGUUAAGAAAAUUAAUGAAAAUAAUGAUAAAUAUGAUAAUGAAAUAACUAGUAAAGAUAUUGAAACUGUAAAUGAAGAAUAUCUAGUCAAAAGCAAGAAAGGAACAUCUAUAGAGAUAAUUAGUCAAAUAACUGAAGAUAAUAUUAUAAAAAAUAAUGAAGACGAAUCAAAUGCUGAUUCAAAAGAAACGUCCACAGAAGAUAGUGUAGAAUCGAAAGUUAGUGAAAUGAGGAAUAGUGGGAACAGUGAACUGAAUUUAGAGUGUAACAAGUGUAAUAGAAAGAGGAGUGGUGUCGAUAAAGAGUGCUGUAGUGAGGAGGCCAAGAAAGAGGAUAUAGCUAGUGUCGAUCUUAGUUCCGCUAUAGCUUUGAUAAAUAGAUACUGCGGCAAACUGCCCUCCGACACAUUCACCCGCCUCGCCCCAUCGUACCGCACUGAGCGAGUCCACAUACGGACCGCCUCGGGCGUGCAGCCCGCGUGGGUGUGCACUCUACGUCUGCCGCUCAACUGCCCCGUCAAAUACAACAUUGUGGGUCACCCAAUGCCGACGCGAGUGCUGGCGCGCAGAAUGGCGGCGUUGCAAGCGUGUAGGAUACUACACAAGUCUGGAGAGCUCGACGAUCAUCUUAUGCCUAUAGGCAAGGAGAACUUCAAGGCGGGCGAGUUAGAAGCUUGCGCCGAGGCCGAUGCGAGGCCUGGAACCACGAAGAGACGCCAAUACUAUUAUAAAAGGACAGCUAGAGCCUUCACGAACUGCGAGCCCAUUGUGGACACGACGGACGAACAGCUGGCAGAAGAGGCAGGCGGACACACAGAGCCAAUUACCAGUAGCAACGUGCUAUACGCGAUAGCUUGCACCCUCUGGUGCGCGCUACCCGAGCGAUAUAAUACAAGAGGGAGGCGGCUCCACGCCCCACAGCUAGCGAGACAAGCGUGCGGUGUGCUCAUGCGAGUACAACAACCGGACAGAUUGCAAAUCCCGUCGUUCCCGGUGUACACGCGUUCUGGCGAGGUGCGUGUGACCGUGGGCCCCGCCGCGCGCGCCGACACCAGGCUCAGCCCGCGCAGGAAGGAACUCAUCACGAGGUUCAUGCGUUUCGUGUUCGCCGACGUGCUGCGCGUGCGCCGCCGCGGCAUGACGCUCGAGCCGGACGCCUGCACACACAACAACUACUACGUUGUGCCCACUGUUAAAGUAAACAACCCAGACGGCAGCACUAAAGUGGACAUCGACUGGAAGUUUCUGGAGCAAAUAUACCAGUACACGGAAGAGAAGGCGCACGCUGAGCUGGAGAAACCGGUGCUGUGGACGGAAGAAGGGAAGAAUGAAGAGAAACGGCCCGGGGAAGGCGAACCUGGCGAAAUCUUCGUGUUUGACCCUGAAAAAUACAGAGAGGCGGUCGUCACACCAUGGUACCGGAACCAGGACCAACCCCAGUUCUUCCUAGUAGCCGAAAUAUGCUCCAAUCUGACCCCGGACUCUGAGUUCCCGUCGGACACACAUACAAGCUUCCGUGACUAUUACAAAAGCAAAUAUGGCGUCACACUCACACAGCCGCACCAGCCUCUCUUCUGCGACUAUUACAAGAGCAAAUAUGGCGUCACACUCACACAGCCGCACCAGCCUCUGUUGGACGUGGACCACACUAGUGCCAGGCUCAAUCUGCUCACGCCCAGAUACGUCAACCGCAAGGGCGUAGCCCUGCCCGUGUCGUCAGAGCGCACUCGGCGCGCCAAACGCGACCGACUAGAUCAGAAGCAGAUAUUAGUUCCAGAACUGUGCACCGUGCAUCCCUUCGCGGCGCCACUGUGGUUCGCCACUGUCGCUCUCCCCUGCGUACUCUACAGAAUCAACGCACUGCUAAUAGCAGACGAGAUACGUCGUGGCGUAGCGGCCGGGGUCGCUCUUGGGGUCCCAAGAGUGGGGCCGGGGUUCCAGUGGCCACCGCUUGACUUUGGAUGGAGUCUGGCCGAGGUGCUAAGCGCUGAUUGUGAGAAGAACGAAAAGAGGAAGGAAAACGAAGAGGAACCGAAGGACGAAGACGAAGUCGAACUGAGCGAGAGAGAACACGAGGAACAGAGAGAGACGGAAGAGCCCAAGGAGAAGACCAUCAACGAUAUUCUGCAAGAGAAGGAGGAUGCUGAGAGCGGCUUCGAGAUUGGCACGUGGGACAACAACAUGGCGUCCUCCAUCCCGGAGCCGCCGGAGUUCGAUGAGUUUAUGGAACCGCUGCCUCCUAACCUGACCUUCUGCACUUCCGCUUCCGGCGGUGCGAACUGGUGCGACCCAGUUCAGAAGCCGAAAAGCCAGUUCAACCCUUCGAGAACGUUCUCCAUGGCUGACAGCGACUGUUCCUACAUGUCGAGUGAUUUUGACACGGACGAUUCAGAUCUGAACUCUGAAGACAGCGACGACACGGACACCAGUGGGUUCUGUAGCAGUAAGAGCAAUGCGGCAAUGGGCGUCCGCAUAGAAUACAAGACGGCGCACGAGGCGGAGGCGGUGGACGUGGAGCGGCGCGCGGCGCGGCCGGCGCCGGCGCGCGACGCCGACGCCGACGCGCGGGACCGCGCCGCGCACGCGCGGGCCAUGCGGGCUGGAGACGCGCCCACAGAGUGCCUACAACAGUUCCAACAAUCAGUCGCCGAACACGAGCAAGAAAUCAUCCAAAAAGGCCUUUUAAUAACACAGGAUCAGCCAAUCACAGACGUCCUCCCCGACCCUUUGAAGGAUUGCCGAAAACCCGAACCAAUACCGGACGACGAAGUAAAAACCAGAUUCGAGCAACUCUUCCCAUACGAAAACGAUUUUUUAAACAUCGAAAACGGACCCAUAACCUUAGAAGCGAUCGAGAAGAACAAGCGAUCGUUACUGGCUGAAUUCAAAAACAGUUUAUCAGAGGAAGAAAUUAAAAAAUAUACCUGUUUCUCUAUGACUGAUGUUGACAUUGAUUCGCCAGAGUAUAUGAAUGAGAAAGUUUCGAAUAUUGGCUUCGAUACGAUGGAGAGUUAUGCGGAGAGAGUGAAGCGUAUCGGUGUGAGGGAAUUUAAACCGUAUUAUGAUGAUAGUAAGGGGCAGAAUGGGAAGGAGUUCGAUUUUGAUUUCCAGCCGAAUCUGGAGGGGCAUCCUGGGCCGAGUCCUAGUGUUAUUUUACAGGCGCUUACAAUGUCGAACGCGAACGACGGCAUUAACCUUGAACGACUGGAAACCAUCGGAGAUAGUUUCCUGAAGUUCGCCAUCACGGCGUACCUGUACUGCGCGCACCCUACCGUGCACGAGGGGAAACUGAGCCAUAUGAGGAGUAAACAGGUGUCAAACUUGAACCUGUACCGACUGGGCCUGCGCAAGCGUCUCGGCGCGCGAAUGAUCGCGUCCAAGUUCGAACCCCACGACAACUGGCUGCCGCCCUGCCACAAAGCCCCACCCGCGGCACACGCACCUGUGGACUCGGAGGGUGUGCAGGAGGCCCCUCCGGCUGGCUGCUUCAUCCCUUACAAUCUCAUCACGCAGCACAGCAUCCCAGACAAAUCAAUAGCGGACUGCGUGGAAGCCCUAAUCGGGGCGUACCUCCUGGAGUGCGGUCCCCGCGGAGCUCUGCUCUUCAUGGCCUGGCUCGGGAUCCGGGUGCUGCCACGACAUGCUGUGCCAGUCACCGACCACGGCACCGUCGAGAAGCUAGAGGAUUGGCAGAAGAAACAGUCUGCCCGCAAAACACGGCGUGAGUCAGACUCAGAGUCAUCAGACGAAGAUGAUGAUGAUGAACUUCCUCGGCCUGUCGGCUCGCUGGAGCCCUACAAAGAGAACGGACAAUGGUUUCUGCCGAUGUUUGGAGCGUUGCGGGCGCCGCCCUCGCCGUUGCUGCGCUAUAUCGCCGACCCCGAGGGCGAGCUAGCGCAGAUGUUGUCCGGCUAUGACGCAUUGGAGCGGACCCUUCAGUAUCGGUUCAAAGAUCGCUCGCUCCUACUGCAGGCGCUCACACACGCGUCACACCAGAGAAACAGACUUACCGACUGUUACCAGAGGCUAGAGUUUCUCGGUGACGCCAUUUUGGACUACCUAAUAACGCGGCACCUGUACGAGGACCCGCGCCGGCACUCGCCCGGAGCCCUGACCGACCUGCGCUCGGCCCUCGUCAACAACACCAUCUUCGCCACUCUAGCCGCCCGACACGGCUUCCACAAGUACUUCCGCCACAUGUCACCCGGGCUGAACGAGGUGCUGACUCGCUACGUUAGGAUACAGGAAGAAAACGGACACUCCAUCAGCGAGGAGCACUACCUGAUUCACGAAGACGAGCUGGAGCAAGCCGAAGAUGUGGAGGUCCCCAAGGCCCUAGGAGACCUCUUCGAGUCCAUAGCGGGCGCCAUAUUUCUAGACUCCGGCAUGUCGCUGGCGGCGGUGUGGGGCUCGUACGAGCAGCUGAUGGGCGCCGAGCUGGAGGCGUUCUCGGCCGCCGCGCCCAAGUCGCCCGUGCGCGAGCUGCUCGAGGCGGAGCCCGACACCGCCAAGUUCGGCAAACCAGAGCGUCUUGCCGACGGGAGGAGAGUCCGCGUGUGCGUGGAGGUGUUCGGUCGAGGGGCCUUCAAGGGCGUAGGGCGGAACUAUCGGAUCGCCAAGGGCACGGCUGCCAGAUGCGCGCUAAGGCACCUUAAGAGGCAUAAACAACAUUGAAACUAGAGAUGCAACGGAUUUGUUUAGCCGGAUACCGGAUAAUCGGCCUGACCAUCGGCCGAAUAUUCGGUAGUCGGCCGCCGAAUAUUCGGCCGGCGGAACUAUACCUACUUUUAGGUUUUCAAGGUGCGCAUUGUGCAGGUUUUGGAUCUGUUUCGUAGUGAACGUUCGCGCGGACUCAUUUCUAGGUUCGAAAUGAGUGCGCGUGCAAGUGAGUGAAAUGUUUAAAUUGUUUUAAAAUAAUAAACGAGUACGAUUAUGACCCUGACUGUUUCUUAUUCCAAUUUGUUUACUCCGAAAUCAAGCAAUGUUACUAUCCGAUAUCCGGCCGGGUAGUAGGCCACUAUCCGGUAUCCGGCCGGAUGUUAAAAUAAUGGCCGGAUAGGCAGGAUACCGGAUAGUAACCGAAUAUCCGGUGCAUCUCUAAUUGAAACUUGUUUUAAGAGAGCGUAGAAACUUUCAAGACAGAAACUAGGUUCAAACUUCUGUGGCAAAUUUUGCAUUUUCCAUUUGUAUGGCUGGGAGGGGUAACAUUAUUAUUUUUCUCGAAGUAUUGGAUUGAAUGUAAUUAUAAUAAAACUAAUAAUAUUGUAACUUUUAUAAAUAUUGCUGUAACUAAUUUUUGUAA